AUGGCGGGCGCGGCCGUGCUGCGCGUGCGGCGGAAGCGCGGCGGCCCCGAGCCGGCCGAGGCGCUGCUCCUGGCCUGCAAGCGGCGCCGGGCCGAGCCCGUGGAGAACAGCCUCUUCAAGCUGGUGACCACCGUGUCCUCCAAGAACGAACCGGUUCAGAAGUACGUUAAAGAUGCCAUCACACGAGACAAGGCAGCUCAAAGCCUGCGCCCCUCUUUGGGCAGCAGGCAGCGGAUCCUGCAGGAGCUGCGUGGUGCCAGGCAGGAGAGGAGGAAGGAGAGCCGGUACCGAGUGAUAGCCAGCCACAGGCCCGACUGCACCGACACCGCCGCGCCUGCCCCGCACGGCGAGGCUGCGCCCCGAGGGCACAGCUCUGAAACUCAGCUGGAUGCUUCAUCAGAGCAGAGUGGUGCUGCCAAUGAGAGUUCAGACCUCUGUGGGAAAUUCCAGCUGUUUGACAUUGUACAAGAAGAGACGGUGGGAGAUGCCGGUGUAACCACUGCAAAGCCACAGCAGAAGAAUGAUCCAGAUACAAUUCUCUGCAAUGCAGUAGAGAUGAUCCGUGAGCGUUUAAAUGUUUCUGAAGAUGGCAAAAAAGAACAUGGUGACAAAGAAGAUGAGUAUGUUUAUGACAUCUACUAUAAGGAAACACCAGCCCCUGAUUGGAUUGAAAAUAUCCUUUCUGUACAGCCCUAUAGAGAAGAAUAUGAAUGGGUAAAUGAUGAUCCUGGUCCAGAGGAAGUAUAUGAAGAUGAAGAUGAUGAAAAUGAUGAAAAUAACUGGCGUAAUGAUUAUCCUGAAGAAGAUGAAUUCUUACCUGAGGAAGAUGGAGAAAAAGACUCUGAAGAGAGCUCCAGUGAUGAGGACCAAUGUUACAGGAGAAGAACGUGGGACAAAUAUCGACAGGAGGUUUUGCGGGAAUUUGGAUAUGAUGAGACUGAAGAUUUGGGUUCCGACUAACAGCCUGGUUUUGGAGAUGAAAUGCAUACUGAAGGUGAACAUCUGCUGCUGUAGGAGAAUAUACUAUCUGAGCAGCCAACUUCAGCUGCUGGAUAUUAAACAGAUGGGUGUGACUACAGCCACUUCAGAACACAAUUUUUUUCCAAGCACAAGAUGCUCUAUGCUUUGAAAUAGAAUUUUCCACCCAUUGCGUAUGUUGAGGUUUUGAAGGGACCUUUUAUUUAUUUUUGUUUUCCCAAAGCUGCAUGCCCAGGAGUUUUUACCUGUAGGAAAUGUACAGAUAUGGAGGUACUGUUGGCAGCAGCCCUUCUAGUCAUGUCUAAAUAUGUCAGGUUUCACAAGAGAAUCGAUGUGUCUGCCCUGCUGGCAAGUGGAAGUCCUGGAAAAAGGCACCCUUAUCCUACUGCUUCCUACUUAAUUUGUUCUGAAGUGUCAAGUGACUUUCUUCACAAGUGUUGAGCAUAUGAAAUGCCUUGACCAGUCCAUUACUCUCCCCAGUAGUUUUACUGCUGGAGUUGAAC